UACCUCAACGGCAAGCUUUCGAGAUAUGAGAUCGGGACAUAUUUCAUGUCCGUCUUUCUCUAAAUUAAAAAAAGAAGUGGAGAAAGAUACAAUUGAGAGUUACACAGCCAACAUUCUGCCUAUCAGCUGGUGGACAAAUGUAACCCCCCCGUGCAUGCACAAAUUCUCUGUGUUUACAAGUGAUUGAAACCGUGCCAGCAAAGAGGGAAAAAGAUAACUAAGGAAGGAGGGAUGGUGGACAAUUCCGGUAGCAGCAAGUCACAAAUGCCCAGCAUGUCACAGGAGAGUGGUCUGGGGGGUGUCUAUCCUCAGGGAGGCACGGCAGGAGGAAUGAAGCUGGAGGCUGUCAUGGAGCAGCUGCAGCGCCAGCAGCAGGCCAGGCUGGAGAUGGAGCGCAAGGAGAGGCGGCUCCGCGAGGCCCACAUCAUGUACGCCCAACAGGUAGCAGCGCAGCAGGCCAUCCUGGCCGCGGCUAGGGCCUCUGGAGCUUGCUUCAUGGGCAAGGCCCUGGUUGGAGGUGGAGGUUCAGGGAUACCCAGAGGAGGCCAACUGUCCCGGGUCUCCAACCAGAGCAGUGUGGACUCAGAGAGGGAGGAGGACAGAGGCCGGGAUUCAGGGGAUGAAGAUGACGAUGAGGAGAUGAUGGCUGGAGAUGAGGGGAGCGAGGAGGAAGAGGGAGGGGCUAGUGGUCUUGAGUACCUCCGCAAGCAGACACUGGCUCUACAACAGGGUGCCUCCCACCUCCCAGCGAAUCCAUUUGGUAGUUACUCUACCUCGGGCCCCCAGCCUGCCCCAUUGCCACCCGUCAGGGUGAAGCAGGAGCCUGACGAGAGCCACUCUCCUGCAGGGCCCCACUCUGCCUCCUCCCCCAAUGGGCAGGCCGACUGGAAUAGCUUUGAUGAUCAAUUAAAACAGAAUGGGAGCGCUGCUUGGGCUGAUGAGAAUGACAGUGGAAGAGGAAGAGGAGGAGAGGCCUCCAGAGACUUUGCUAAGCUGUAUGAGCUUGACAGUGACCCCAACAGAAAGGAAUUCCUGGAUGACCUGUUCACCUACAUGCAGAAAAGAGGGACUCCAGUGAACCGCAUCCCCAUCAUGGCCAAGCAGGUUCUGGACCUGUACAUGCUUUACAAGCUGGUGACAGAGAAGGGCGGCCUGGUGGAGGUCAUCAACAAGAAGAUCUGGAGAGAGAUCACCAAGGGCCUCAGCCUGCCCACCUCUAUCACCUCUGCUGCCUUCACCCUCCGCACACAGUACAUGAAGUACCUGUAUCCCUUUGAGUGUGAGAGGAAAGGUCUAAGUUCGCCAGGCGAGCUUCAGGCGGCCAUCGACAGUAACCGCCGGGAGGGCCGUCGUCCCAGCUACAGCAGCAGCCUCUUCCGCUUCUCCUCCAGCACAGCCCCUCACAUCCUCUCCCCUCCCAAGAUGCACCUGUCUGCACUGGGGGCGGGAGCCGCUGGGAGCCUCAACGGCCUGCUGGCCUCACCCGUCCACUCUCUCAAAAAAGAAGAGAUCACCCCCUCCAUGAUAGCAGCGGCUCGUGGUUCCUCCAUGUCCCUGGCGCUGGGGCAGCAGCAGAUGUCAGGGCUGGCGCGAGCUGCCACUCUGGAGCAGCUGAGGGAGAAGCUGGAGACUGGCGAGGGCCCUGAGAGGAAGAUGGCACGCCUGGCAGAGGAGCAGCAGCGUCUGAUGCAGCAGGCCUUCCAACACAACCUGCUUGUCAUGGCCUCCCAGGUCCCCAUGAACCUGCGCCUGGGCAACAGCGCCACCGCUAGAGAUGAGAAGCAGCAGGACAUGGCUCUGAGCAUCUCCACCAAUGGAUCUGCUAGCAUCAGUGUGUCUGUGGAGGUCAACGGCACACACUAUUCAGGAACCCUGUUUGCACAGAAGUCAGGCGCACCAGGGACUAGCAUGUCCACUGCGGCCACAGUGCCCCCUGCUGGAUCCAGCGCUGGGUUUGGGUUCGCCACCUCUGCUCACAGCCACAGUCCAAGCUCCUCCUCCUCUUCCAAGGGGCCUUGCUCGGCCGAGCCCUCCGCCAGUGGCUCACCUUAGCUCAGGCCACCCUACCACCCACUCUCCAGGCUUUUCCUCACCACCGAGGCCUAGCAUGAAUACAGUACAUUGAUAAAUCGAUAAGAAAAAAACUGUUGCACAACAAAUACCUCAUCGCUCCUGUCAACCUUGGCUACCCAUUUAUGAAUACACAAUUCACACACCCAAUUACAUCUCAAGAAAACAUGCACCCACACACACACCUAUGCAUUUUACACACUCGACACACAUGUACACAAACACACAUGCAUUUCAGACACCCAGCACACAGAGACUCUUAUACCAAAUGCAUGCUAAACACAAUCAAAGCGCUCAGCCAAAACCCACUGACAGGUGUUCACAACUGAACUUGAAGAGUUUUAUUUUAUGAUUUUGUUUGUUGCCAUUUGUAUUUUUUUAUAAUUUUUUUAGUUAUCUUUAUACAUAUCUAAAAACAAGUAACCUGCAGUGGUAUCUUUACCUCAGGAGCUGUAGUAUACUUCACCUGAAUUAACUUUAUUUUUGUAUCCUUUUUGAUCUUGUUGAAAUCAGGGGAAUUUUGGGGAAUUUCACAACGGAACCUCACUCACCUCAGCACACCUCCUACACAUUUAUACAGUAACUCUAUCACAACGCUCGAGUUGCCAUGACGACGGUCCGUAGCCUUUUUACUUCUGAGUGCACUACAUUAUUGAUCCUACAGAUCGCCAUGUAAUACCUCGUAUACAGUAGUCACUCCCACAAUCAAUACCAGGGAAGUCACCCACUCAUUCAGCCUAUUUGGAAUUAUGUACUUAAUCUUCAAUCUAACUGAAGAUACAGAUGGGCCUUGUGUCUAAAGGGCUUUGAGGAUCAGAAUUAGCUUUGGACGUUUUAUCACGCACAAUGUGAUGUUAUAAUAACCGACUGAUCCGCCGAUCUGUUUAGAACUAGCAAGCCCCCAACUCACCACCCCGCAUCUAUCUAUCUAUCUAUCUAAUCAUCAGAAAGGUAGUGAAGGUGUUCUGCUCCCUGCUCUGGGAUCAGUGUGUGUCCCUAUUUCAAUUCAACAGAGAGGAGAGACAUAUCACCCAUCAAUGGUUUUCCUCCAACACUGGCAGACCACAAGUGUUUUAACCACAUACCUUUUCAAACCUCAUAUUCGCCUCUCCGUUUGGGAGAGGGGCCUUUCUCAGGAAGCAUCGUGAAGUCUCUUAUUAUGGACUCGCUUUGUCAUUUAAAAAAGGAUCCCACUGAAAGAAUGCGCAAGUCUAACAGACUGUCUUCAAAAGAAUACCUCAGACUCUCUAGAAGGAGACGUACACUACAUACCUCAUUGCUGCAAAGCCAGCGUGACUUGACCUGGUGGGUUGAGUCCCUGCGACGAGCAACGGUCCACAGGAGUGGACUGCCGGAAUGCUGGACUACAUACGUAGAGACUUGACUGCUGGAUUUUCUUGAGGACACAUUAUUAUACCAAGCUGAACUGGGAUGGGUUUGCUCUCCUCCGGUUUUCUCUGGCUUACUUCAUACUGCGUUUUAUGAGAAUAAAUCUAUUUAAGAGUAUUGCUCUGCAUGUGUACAAUCAGGUGGUCAGUUUUUUACACCGUAAUCCUCUGGUGUGUGUGGUGACCUCUGGUCGGUGCACAGCUGAAUACCAAAGACUAGCCCUGUUCCCUGCCCAGGCUGUUGGGGGCUAGCUGCUGUGGGUUAGCUGAAUAGGCUAGCUGAACCACUAGGUAAGAUACAGUGGGGUAAAGAAUGGGUUUCAUAAUAGCCCAUCUUCUAUAGUCCCUGCUGUUAAAGUUGUCAGCUCUAGUUAUGUUGCUUUCCUUAUCUUAAUCAGACCUUUGCUUACCUGUGAUUGAAUCUUGGGACUGGUAUGGUUCUGCCUGGCAUGGCACGCAUCACCUGACAUAUACCAGGGAUAUACCUCAGUGAGUUAUGCUGCACAAAGCCCUUUGACCUAACCUCUACAUUGAAUAAGACGGAGAAAGGGUAGCUGUUUCGCCAACUGGUUUCUCUGUCUCAAUUCAAAGUUCAGGCCUUCCAAAUUCCUCCGACACAUCCACUGUUACAGUAUUUCCAUUCUCAAACUGUUCAGGUAAUUUCUCAGCAUUUUUAAUAGAACAUGAUUUGGAUGAAAUAAAUUUCUAGCAUUAUCUGUGUUGAAUGUGAGGCGUUUAACUGUUUCUGAACCUUUUAGAGACUUGACUCCUUAUCUCUGAGGUGGGCAGCUUUGUUUUCUUUUUUUAAUUUAACUAGUCGGUUAAGAACAAAUUCUUAUUUACAAUGACGGCCUAGGAACAGUGGUUAACUGCC